CUUCAUAAACAUAACCACAAACCACUAUUUUUCUCACUUACCAAAAUGAACCUCUUCAAAAACCUUCCCAUUUCCUUCUACUUUCUUGUCACUGUUUUCAUUGCCUUAGCCCAUGCAGCCAGAUUUGAUAUAACAAACAAUUGCCCCUAUACAGUAUGGGCUGCAGCUGUGCCUGGUGGUGGUAGGCAGCUUAACUCACGUCAGUCUUGGCCCCUUGAUGUGAACGCUGGCACAGCAGGGGCUCGCAUUUGGGCCCGAACUGGGUGUAGUUUUGAUGGUUCUGGUCGUGGCAGAUGUCAAACCGGUGACUGUGGUGGCCUUCUUCAAUGUCAGGGCUAUGGUGCAGCCCCAAACACCCUUGCCGAAUUCGCAUUAAACCAAUUUCAAAACAAGGAUUUCGUUGACAUCUCUCUUGUUGAUGGAUUCAAUGUUCCUAUGGAAUUUAGUGCCACCUCUGGUGGUGGGUGCAAUAAGAAUGGAAUGAGAUGUACUGCUGAUAUCAACGGGCAGUGCCCCACUCAGUUGAAAACUUCUAGCGGGUACUGUAACAACCCUUGUACUGUUUUCAAAACUAAUGAAUAUUGCUGCAAUUCUGGGAGCUGUGGACCUACAAAUUUUUCCAGAUUUUUCAAGGAUCGGUGCCCCGAUGCUUAUAGUUAUCCUAAGGAUGAUCCAACAAGCUUAUUCACAUGCAACGGUGGGUCUAACUAUAGGGUAGUUUUCUGCCCUUGAAGCACUUCUUUCCUCUAGUAAAAGGCAUUGAACUAGUAGCUAGUAUAUCCAAAUCCAAUAAUUGGUGUAAUAAAAACUUGAAAUGUUUGAAUGAAAGGAGACGAAGGGAAAGGAUAUGGCAAGAUAACUAGAAUAUACUAAAUUUUAGUAAAUUUCGGUCACCUUUCCCUUUAAUCUCCCUCUAUUCCAAACAUUGAGGGCUUGUGAGCUUUGAGCACCUGUAGUAUUGUGCAUAUUCCAUUUUAUAAGGCGGUUAAAUAUCUGCACCCUCGAAGCAGUUCUUUCUUCUGGUGAGAGACAUAGAACUAUCAGCC